AUUCAAGUUACAAAUGGUGAAAUAGAUUUAACUCACACAAUCUUUGACCAAAAAAGCAUUAAUGGAGUUGAUUCUUUUUCAAUUAAAGCCAGCAGUUAUGGUAAAAUAAAUAUUAUAAAAGUUUAUUAUUUAAAUAAUUUAAUCAUGAAAUUUGGUGAAGAUGUAGAUAAUGACUUUUCAAUUUCAGAACCAAUUAUAACCAGUCUAUCUAAAUCAAGUGGUUUUUAUAAUGAUGUUGUUACUAUCUAUGGUAACAACUUUUAUAAUGGAGAAACCAAAGUCUAUUUUUCAGAAAAAGAGUGCCAAACAGUUGAAUGGGUCUCAAAUAAAGAAAUAAUUGUCACUGCACCACAUGGUUAUCUCUAUGCAAUCGUUAAAGUUCAAGUUGGUGAUUCAACAAACGAUGAAGAGUUUAAAUUUAACUAUGGAGUCCCAACUAUUGAUAAAGUGAUAUAUCAUCCACAGAUCAAUACAAGUGUUACAGAUUAUAUAGAUAAUUUUGUAAUUGUCGGUAGAAAUUUAGGUUCUUAUAUAAAUGAACAACCAGAUAUCUAUAUUUUAGAUAGUGUAAUUACUUGUGAUUCAUAUUUCUGUAGCGAAGAUGAAUUUGACACAGAAGAUGAAGAAAAUCAAUCAAAUAUUUGUUCCCAUUUAAAAAAAAUAGGAUAUCAACACUAUAAUGAACUUAUCGAUAUUUUCUAUUGCUCAUUUGACUCUUUUAUUGGCAAAAAUCUUACAAUUGAUAUCGAGAUUAUUGAUGGAACUCAAGUUUCAAAUAAAACAUAUUUAUACUCUUACUUUGAGCCAUAUGUCGAAAGUAUGUCAUUAAAUCAAUCAAACACUGAUGGUGGUUUAAAUAUUACAAUUGAUGGUUAUAACUUCCCACCAUUUGAAACUUUAAGCCCUUACUAUGAUAAUUCGGAUAUUACCUGGUUAGAGGAAUCAAAUGUUACAAUUGGUUCUAAUUAUACAUGUGCACUUACCGAGUUUUUCAAUUCAACUCAACUUAAUUGCACAAUCCCACCAGGAAUCGGUGCAAAUCAUACAAUUGUCGUCUUUGUUGGUCAACAAAACUCAUCUCUAGUUAGCCAAGAAUAUUUAUUCUCAUAUAAUCCACCAGCACUUAAUAUUUCAUCAGAUAAAGAAAGUGAAGAUAAAGUUUAUUAUAGAGCCCCAACCAACGGUACAGUUCAAUUUAUAAUUAAUGAAUGCAACUAUAACAAAGAAACAAAUACCUUAACUGCUAAAAACAAUGAACAUCAAUUCAUUUUCUGCUCCAAUGGCGAUGAUUACAAUCACAAAUUUGAAUUCAAUCAAAAUGUUAUUUGUAAUAAAAGAUAUGAUCCAGAAACAUCACUCGAAUCAAUUGGUUGUUCAAUGGAACAAAAUCCAGACUAUGUUAUGUUCUUUGAUAGAUCGGUAAGAUGCUACAUUGACGAUAAAACAUCAUGCUUCAUGAAUAUCUCUUCAAGCAGCAACUAA